ACAACCCUUCCCCAAUUCGUAUCCGCCGCUAAACCCUAAACCCCGCCUCGGCGCCUUCUUCCUCCCCCCCGCUCCCUCUACCCUAGGGUUUUGCGCGGCCGCGCGCCUCCGCUUCCUCGUCGGCGCGAUGGAGUUCUGGGGUGAAGAAGUAAAGCCAGGAGCCAAGGUUUCUUGCAGAGCUGAUGAGGGUUAUGUUAUCCACCUCUCACAGGCUGCACUGGGGGAAACAAAGAAAGGGAGUGAGAAUGUAGUUGUUUCUAUCCAAGUUGAUGACAAGAAGCUGGUGCUUGGAACUCUGUCAGUUGAUAAGCACCCUCAGAUUAUGUGUGACUUGAUAUUUGAGGAUGAUUUUGAGAUAUCGCACAGUUCAAAGACUGCAAGUGUCUUCUUGUGUGGUUACAAGUCGCCGAUUCCAAUUUUUGAGCCUGAUUCUGGUGAUGAUGAAAUUAGUUCAGAUGAAGAGCUGGAAACUGAAGAUAUCCCCAUUAAAAAUGAUGAAAUUAAAAAAUCUGGUGCAGAUGUUCCUGUGAAAAAUGUUAAAAAUGUCAAACAAGAUGAUGAUGAAGAAACGUCCAGUGGUGAUGAUGGUUUCACUGAUGAUUCAGAUGAUAGUGAAAUGUCUGAGGAUUCUGAUGAAGAAACAUCCAGUGGUGCUGAUCUCACUGGUGAUUCUGAAGAUGAAACUGAUGAUUCGGAAGAACAGACUCCUACACCAAAGAAGCCUGAAGUUGUUGGCAAGAAGAGAGCAACUGAAGCUGUGGCAUCUUCUGGUAAGAAGGCAAAGGUUGAACCAUCUGGUAAGAAAACAGGUGACAAGAAGGGCGUUCAUGUGUCAACUCCUCAUCCUGCAAAGCAAGCCAGCAAGACUCCUGCAGAAAAGUCUGGCAAGACCCCAGCAACUGACAAGAAGUCAAAGGAUAAGUCCCCCAAAUCUGGUAGCCAUGCCUGCAAGUCAUGCAGCAAGACUUUCGGCAGUGACAAAGCACUGGAGUCUCAUAAGAAGGCGAAGCAUGAAGCCUAGAUUUUUUGUAAUCCUAUGGAUGAUAUGGAUGCUGCUGUUCCUCACUAGUAGUUCUACUCAGUUGGCAGACUCGGGAGUUUUAUUUUUGAAUAUGGGAAAUGCCAUCAAGUUUGGAGCAUGCCCACUUGCCCAGUAUGGCAGCAUGCCUUACCUUUGAACAUGGGAAGUGCAAUUAAGUUUGGAACAUCCCAAUUUUGAUAGUCGCUGGAUGACUUUAAUGUCUUGAAUGAGCAUGUGAUCUGGGAGUGAUAAACUUUGUUAUCUGGGAGUGAGUAGUUCUAUUUUAUCAUAUCUGCUAUUGUCAUGCUUUUAGUGUAACAUGUUGUUCAUGCUCUGUAUUCCUGUCGGCUGUUAUCUUCAUUCCAUUGCA